AUGAAUAAUUGCCUCAUCAGAAGAGUUGCCUUUUCCACAACAAGGAACAGAACUGGACCUUGGGUCGUAUUAUCCAAUAAUCAUCAUCAAAAAGUAAAUUGCUUCUACUCUACCUCUUCCGCAGCCAAUCAUCAUACAACAACAAUAACAUCAAACUCUGAAUUAUUAGAAUGGUACAGAAAAUUAGUAAAGAGAGCUUCCUAUAUUGAGAGUGAAAGUAAACGUAAGCAAGUACUCGCCCAAUUAAAAUCCGAAUUUUCCAAGUCUUCAUUGAAUGAUUGGAGAAGGAAGGCUGAGGAGAGUUUCAAAUUUCUCUGUAUGAUUACUCCAAAAGUACCAAUUUCUAAACAACAACAAACAAAGGCUAAUGAUGGCGUUACACAAUUUGUUAAAGUUGAUGGAGAAUGGCAAGCUAUGAAGAGUGUCGACCCGGAAAAGUUACAAAAGAAGGAUUCUGCUUAUUUGAAGGAAACUUCUCAACCUCCUCCAUCAGCUUGUCCACCAGGAGGUUGUGGUAGAUGUCAAUUUUAA